AUGGCAGAAAUCACCCACCCCACGAUCAAGGAUGGCUGGUUCCGCGAGAUCAGCGACAUGUGGCCUGGCCAGGCUAUGACGCUCAAGGUCAACCAGGUCGUUCAUCACGAGAAGAGCAAGUAUCAGGAUGUGCUCAUCUUUGAGAGCUCGGACUAUGGUAUGGUGUUGGUGCUGGACAAUGUCAUUCAGUGCACCGAGCGGGAUGAGUUCUCGUACCAAGAGAUGAUCACCCACCUGGGCAUGUUCUCGCACCCCAACCCCAAGAAAGUCCUCGUCAUCGGCGGCGGCGACGGCGGCGUCCUCCGCGAGGUCGUCAAGCACGAGAGCGUGGAAGAGGCGAUCCUCUGCGACAUCGACGAGGCCGUCAUCCGUCUCAGCAAGAAGUACCUCCCCGGCAUGAGCGUGGGCUUCCAACACCCCAACGUCAAGGUCCACGUCGGCGACGGCUUCAAGUUCCUCGAGGACUACAAGGACACCUUCGACGUCAUCAUCACCGACAGCUCUGACCCCGAGGGGCCCGCCGAGUCGCUUUUCCAGAAGCCGUACUUCGAGCUCCUCCACGGCGCCCUACGUGAGGGCGGUAUCAUUACCACCCAAGGUUCUGAGAACCUCUGGCUGCACCUGAGCCUGAUCGAGAACCUCAAGAAGCAAGUCAAGACCGUCUUCCCCAUCGCCGAAUUUGCGUGGACCACGAUCCCCACGUACCCCAGCGGCCAGAUCGGUUUCCUGGUGUGCAGCAAGGACGGCAGCCGCGACGUCAAGAAGCCGCUGCGGACGCUGAAGGAGGCCGAGGAGGAUAAGCUGUUCAAGUACUACAGCGCCAAGGUGCACGAGGCCGCGUUUGUGCUUCCCAAGUUUGCUGAGAAGGCUCUUCGGUGA